CUUACAGCUUCCAAUGCGCCGAUGGCAACAGAUAAGUAAAAAGUGAGCUCCGCGGACGCACGACAACACACCAACUGAAGUGGAAAGCGGCUCCUGUUCUCCUCCGUGCUCCAUUUCGGACGUCGCCUUUUUUUUUUUUUUUUUUAAAGAAAAAGGAAACAAAACGCUCCGGCUUCAGACUCCAAACAGGACAGAAUUAAAACCAACGAAGGAGAGUCUAAAAGACAAUCGUCCGCUUUUGGGUUUGGGGUCUUUUCCCACCCCUCCUCUUUAUGCCAGGGAAGUGUUGUCAGACUUUCUAACCAUAAGUGGAGAAAUAUAUAUACAUAUAUAUAUUUUUUUGUCUUUGCCACCUCGAAGACUGAAUCCAGGCAAACUAAAUGACGGCAGAGGUCCAGCAGCCCCCAGCGCAGCCUCCUGCCCAGAGCAGCCCGAUGUCCGCGCCGGAGAAACCGCAUGGACAGACUGUGGUGAUGGAAACCGCGUCCUCCACCACGAAAACCAAGAAGACGAACGCAGGGAUCCGGCGACCAGAGAAGCCCCCUUACUCGUACAUAGCCUUGAUAGUCAUGGCCAUCCAGAGUUCCCCAACCAAGCGGCUGACGCUCAGUGAGAUCUACCAGUUCCUGCAGAGCCGCUUCCCGUUCUUCAGGGGCUCGUAUCAGGGAUGGAAGAACUCCGUGCGUCACAACUUGUCUCUGAACGAGUGCUUCAUUAAGCUGCCCAAGGGCCUGGGCCGACCGGGGAAGGGCCACUAUUGGACUAUCGACCCGGCCAGCGAAUUCAUGUUCGAGGAGGGCUCCUUCAGAAGGAGACCCAGAGGCUUCAGGCGCAAAUGCCAGGCGCUGAAGCCCAUGUACAGCAUGAUGAACGGCCUGGGAUUCAACCACAUUCCCGAGGCGUACAACUACCAGGGCAGCGGCGGGGGCCUGUCUUGUCCGCCCAACAGCCUGUCUCUGGACAGCGGGAUCGGGAUGAUGAAUGGACACUUGGCAGGUAACAUGGAUGGGAUGGGUCUGUCCGGCCACUCCAUGUCUCACUUGUCGGGCAACAGUGGACAUUCCUACAUGGGAAGUUGCACGGCGUCCACUGGGAGCGAUUACCCCCACCACGACAAUUCCGCCUCCCCGUUGCUGACCAGCGGGGGAGUCAUGGAGCCUCACCCCGUCUACUCGAGCUCGGCUUCGGCGUGGGCCUCGGCCCCACCAGCGUCGCUCAACAACGGGGCUUCGUACAUCAAGCAGCAGCCGCUGUCUCCGUGCAAUCCGGGGGCGAACAGCCUGCAGCCGAGCUUGCCCACACACUCACUGGACCAGUCGUACCUGCACCAGAACGGACACAGCACCACAGAUUUACAAGGUAUUCCUCGGUACCAUUCCCAGUCUCCCAGCAUGUGCGACCGGAAGGAGUUCGUGUUCUCCUUCAACGCCAUGACGUCCUCCGCCAUGCAUUCACCGGGAAACAGCUCCUACUACCACCACCAGCAGGUCUCCUACCAGGACAUCAAGCCGUGCGUGAUGUGAACCCCGCCGGGACACGCUGCACACCGCGUGGACGGUGUGUGUGUAUGUGUGCGUGUGCGUGUGUGAGAGAGAGAGAGAGAGAGAAAGAGAGAGAGAGUCACUUGGACUGGAGCCAUGCAGACAGCAGCACGGGAACAGAGAAUUAAAACAAUAAAACAACAAAAAUCACCACUGAGAGACUUUUGUGCUGAGGAGAGAGCUCCUUGCUUCCUGUAGACCGGACUACUUCUCUGUGUUGUUGGAUACCAGACGACUGAAGCCACACAAUAAUAAAAUAAUAAUAAUAAUAUAUAAUAAAACAAACAAUUCCAUACCUUCAAAGUGGCAUAACAAAGAGAGAGAGAGAGAGAGAGAAAAUAAGAAACUUGCUGUUUGGUACUUAGUCCUGCGGAGCGGAUGACCUCUCACUUCUCACAUGUUUAAUCAUUUUGUAAAAUAUGCACACCUUCGUUUUUUUUCCGUUUAAAGUUAUUAUUAUUAUUAUUGUUAUUAUUAUUAUUAUUAUUCCUAAUUUUCAUGUUGUUGACAAAUUAGCUGGAACAAAAUACCCGGCGUUGAUUUCUGAAUAAAUAAUUAUGGACAUUACAUAGGCCUAUAUACUGUACGUCCAUACUGUAUACUGUGUAAAAAAAAUGGCACUUUUUGAAUAGCCUAUAAGCGCAACUUUUUAUUUAUUCUCUAGGCCUGUAUUUUCAAUUUCAGGCGAACUGGCCAAGGAGUUCCGUGCUUUAUUGGCAAUAUUUGUCAAGACGCGUGUUAUUUGUUUUAAAAAAAAUGAAAAUAAGGAUAUAUUGUAAGCACUGUCUCGUUUGUCAAAUUUAUGUGGACUAUUAGUGUAGAUAGGCUAUUAUCAGGAAAAACGGCGAGGGUUCAUCCUGUGUGAGCUGAUGUUUCAUCAUUUUUUUAAUUAAAAUAAAACCACCCGAAUUCUGGGGCUGAUUGACCUUCUAAGUCCAUAAAACGGGAGUUUAUUUUGCAUUUUAGAGGAAUGUUGUGACGAACUAUGUAAAGAAAAAACGGAAACCAUUGGGAACCAACGUGCGUUUCGCUCAACAAUAAUUCAGAUCCCUUCUUCCUAAAAUUAGGAUU